AUGGCCCCUAUUCACUACUUGCUUCCAAUUAUCACAUUGGGAUCGGCAGCUCUGGCACGGCAGGAUGCUUUCGAAGCCAAGUGCCACAGCUUCGCGAACAAAAUCCAUCUCCCCAAUGUCCAUGUGAACUUUGCCAGUUACGUACCCGGUGGCACCAACCUGACUCUGGCGGACAACCCGUCCAGCUGUGGCGCUACGUCGCAGUCCGUCUCGGCUGAUGUAUGCCGGGUCGCCAUGGCGGUUGCGACCUCCAACAGCAGCGAGAUCACGCUGGAAGCUUGGUUCCCGCGCAAUUACACCGGCCGAUUUCUGAGCACGGGCAACGGAGGAUUGUCUGGGUGCAUCCAAUACUAUGAUAUGGCAUACACUACUGGUUUCGGAUUCGCGACGGUUGGUGCCAACAACGGCCAUAACGGAACGUCCGGGGAACCGUUCUACCACCACCCCGAGGUCCUCGAGGACUUUGCCUACCGCUCAAUCCACACUGGCGUCGUCAUCGGUAAAAAGCUUACCAAGAUGUUCUACGAGGAGGGCUUUAACAAGUCCUACUACUUGGGCUGCUCCACCGGUGGCCGACAGGGCUUCAAAUCCGUCCAGAAGUACCCCAACGACUUUGACGGAGUCGUAGCUGGAGCCCCAGCCUUCAACUUCGCCAACCUGAUCUCUUGGAGCGCUCACUUCUACCCGAUUACCGGACCCCCGGGCUCGGACACCUACCUGUCUCCCGCGAUGUGGAAGGUCGCCCACGACGAGAUCAUCCGCCAGUGCGAUCAGAUCGACGGCGCAAAGGACGGCAUCAUCGAAGACCCCAGCCUCUGCAACCCCAUCAUGGAGACGAUCAUCUGCAAACCGGGUGCCUCCUCGGACAACUGCCUCAGCGCCGCGCAGGCCAAGACGGUGCGCGAGGUCCUUUACCCCCUGUACGGGGUGAACGGCACGCUGCUGUAUCCCCGCAUGCAGCCCGGGUCGGAGGUGCUCGCUGCCCCCAUCAUGUACAACGGCCAACCGUUCGCCUACAGCACCGACUGGUACCGCUACGUGGUGUACAACGACCCAAACUGGAACGGGACCACCUUCGACGUCCAGGAUGCGGCCGCCGCGCUGGCGCAGAACCCGUACAACAUCCAGACCUGGGACGCGGACCUCACACCCUUCCGCAAGUCGGGCGGCAAGGUCCUGACCUACCACGGUCUGCAGGACCAGCUCAUCAGCUCCGAGAACUCCAAGCUGUACUAUGCGCGCGUGGCGGAGACCAUGGGCAUGCCCCCGGAGGAGUUGGACGAGUUCUACCGGUUCUUCCAGAUUAGCGGAAUGGGGCACUGCGGUGGCGGUGAUGGCGCGUAUGGUAUUGGAAACGGCCUGGCCACUUACAGCGGCAAGGAUCCGGAGAACAACGUGCUGAUGGCUAUGGUGCAAUUCACAUAUCAAUAUCAAACGACUGUGUACAAUAACUGCAGCCCUAUUGCCAUAAGCCCCCUUGAAAGCACAUCAGUCAUACACAACCUGCGUCUGGAACUUGCCCAUAGACAGCACCUCUUUCGCAUCCGACAUGGUCCAGUUCUUCCUGACUCUCGCGCGCACCCACUCGGUGGCCGGAAUAUCCGCCUCUCGCAUAUCCUUCUUGUCAUCCUGAUAGUACCCCAGCCUGCGCAGCAGCGGACUAUCCAACACGCCAAGAUUCAGCUCAUCGCUCGGUCUGACAAAAUACAACAGCCCCAGACGGUCCUGAUCCCUCUGGUCCUCCGGUGGCGCAACCACACGGUGCACCCCACUCUUCAGAUACCCAUUCGACAAGAACUCGACCAUAUCCGCGAUAUUCACCGCGACAUGGCCCGCCGGGAUCCGCAGCCACUGCCAGUCCGCGUCCCUGGCGCGCUUGACCUGCAGCGCGGCGACGGGCUGCUGGAAGACAAACGUCAGCGUGCCAAAAUCCGUAUGCCCGCGGGUGUAGAUGUGAUUGCACUUGGCGUUCUCCUCGGGCGUGCGCGCCCGCGACAUCAUAUACCGCAGGGCGCUGUCGCAGUUUGCCUCGUAGCGGUGUCCGCGGACGAGGGCGUCUUCGUCGUCGAGCUCCAGCGCGAUGGCGAGCAGCCGCAGAAGCCGGUGCGCGAUGUGCUCGUGGAUGUGCCGGUGGAUGUGCUCGAUCUCGGCGCGGUGCGUGUGGAUCACGGCCGGCUGCGGGCGCUGCGUCUGCGGGAUGAACUUGAACAGAUUGUACAUCUCGACGCUGUCGCGCUGGCCCGGGGCCAGCUCGACGGCGCCCAGCGGGCGGUAGCCGUUGUAGUUGCCUUCUUCGAGGGCGGCGCGGUACUUGAGGCGUUCGUCGACGGGGAGGGAAUAGAAUUCCCGCCCGAUGGCGUAUUGGCGGUCGAUUUGCUCCUGGGUGAGGCCGAAGUUGGUUACGUAGAAGAAGCCUGUAUUGGCGUUGGUUUGUGGGUCGUUCUUCAUGCACUGUUAUGGGUCUGGUGGUUAUGGCUUACCGACUUCGUGCGCGGCAGUCUUCAACUGGGCAGCUAG